AGUUAACAUCAGAUCUUGUUGACCAGCAUAUGGGAUAUCUCUCCGUGGCAGGUCAGUUCUCCAGCCUUCUCUGAGCAAAGCCACAGGUGAAAGUCUGCAUGGUAGGAGCGGUCCCAGAAGAAGUGGAGGACCUGGGCAGUGAAUGUGAGCCACAGGCACUGUAGGACAGAAAGGACCUUAGAUCCCAAUCUAAGAAAUGGACGAAUUUGACAAUGGUCACACGGUUGCUUAUAACACUGGAACUAGAACCAGUCUCUUGAUGCCCAGACAUCACACUUUCAUUAUACAAACCUCCAAGAUAAAUCCCAAAGGGAUUAACCUACAACUGAAGCUCUCCCCCUGGUGUGCCAAAGUCCGGACAUUUACUGAUAUUUUUUUGGUUUCCUGACACUAAACACAGAACAGUUCAUUUUCCCCACAGGGAAAUCAUUACUUCACAAAAAACACUUAGCAAAUCUCUACUCAUUUAUUCAUUCUUUUGUUCUUCGCAUUGUGCAGUGUGCUGAGGACUUAGAGAAAGACAACCAUCCCCACCCUCGUGGAGUCUGACGUAUGGUGGAGGCCCAUCAUUCAUGGGAGAUGGAAGGGUCAGAUAUGUAAAGCACGGGGACCUGUUGGAGCUCAGAGGUCCAACGGGCGCUCCUCCAAGCGGAGCCUUGGAGGGCAAGGCCGGCACCAUUACCUCCAACGAGUGGAGCCCUCCUAACUCCCCUGAGGGGAGCAACGUCUCUGGGGGCAGCCAGGCAUUGGACAAGCCCAUCGACAAUGAUGCGGAGGGUGUAUGGAGUCCGGACAUCGAGCAGAGCUUCCAGGAGGCCCUGGCCAUCUACCCGCCUUGCGGCCGCCGCAAAAUCAUCCUCUCGGAUGAGGGCAAGAUGUACGGUCGGAAUGAGCUGAUUGCCCGCUACAUCAAGCUCCGGACAGGCAAGACCCGCACCAGGAAGCAGGUCUCCAGCCACAUCCAGGUGCUGGCCCGUCGCAAAGCCCGCGAGAUCCAGGCCAAGCUAAAGGACCAGGCAGCUAAGGACAAGGCCCUGCAGAGCAUGGCUCCCAUGUCGCCCGCCCAGGCCAUCUCCGCCACAGCCUUCCACAGUAAAAUGGCCCUCGCCCGGGGCCCAGGCCACCCAGCAGUCUCAGGGUUUUGGCAAGGAGCUUUGCCGGGCCAAGCUGGAACAUCCCAUGAUGUGAAACCUUUCUCUCAACAAACCUACGCUGUCCAGUCUUCGCUGCCUCUGCCAGAGGCUGAGGCGUGGACCCGUCCCCAUGUGCCUUUCCUGCUGCAUGCAGGGUUUGAGUCUCCUACAGGACCCGCCCCAUCGCCCUCAGCGCCCCCGGCACCCCCAUGGCAGGGCCGCAGUGUGGCCAGCUCCAAGCUCUGGAUGUUGGAGUUCUCUGCCUUCCUGGAGCAGCAGCAGGACCCUGAUACGUAUAACAAGCACCUGUUUGUACACAUUGGCCAGUCAAGCCCAAGCUACAGUGACCCCUACCUCGAAGCCGUGGACAUCCGCCAGAUCUAUGACAAAUUCCCAGAGAAAAAGGGGGGACUCAAGGAGCUCUUUGAACGGGGACCUUCCAAUGCCUUUUUUCUUGUGAAAUUCUGGGCAGACCUCAACACCAACAUCGAGGAUGAAGGCAGCUCCUUCUACGGAGUCUCCAGCCAAUAUGAGAGUCCGGAGAACAUGAUAAUCACUUGCUCCACCAAGGUCUGCUCCUUUGGCAAGCAGGUGGUAGAGAAAGUGGAGACCGAGUAUGCCCGCUAUGAGAAUGGCCACUACUCAUACCGCAUUCAUCGGUCCCCACUCUGCGAGUACAUGAUCAAUUUCAUCCAUAAGCUGAAGCACCUGCCCGAGAAAUACAUGAUGAACAGCGUGCUGGAGAACUUCACCAUCCUGCAGGUGGUCACCAACAGAGACACGCAGGAGACCUUGCUGUGCGUUGCUUAUGUCUUUGAGGUGUCAGCCAGCGAGCACGGGGCUCAGCACCAUAUCUACCGGCUGGUGAAAGAAUAAGAGACUCAGGGAGCAGGGAGGGGGGAAGUGACAUCGUGUGUGCAGGGACAUGGGGAGGGGAUCUGUGGGGGCGGCCCCUGAAGUGCCAGGAGAGCUGAGAGGUCAUGACUCUUCCUAUCCAGGAACAAACUGUGCCUGAACCUGCAAUGCCCAAUCCCAAAUAAACCCAAGAUGGUGUGUAUUUUCAGAGGA